AUGCGUGUUCCUUACGUAUCCAACCCUCCUGAGACCAAGUCUGAGGAGCAUGCCGCCAUUGUAAAGCGUAUAGAAGAGCGCCGCGCCCCUCGACCUCUCCAAUCUCUGGAUUUAGCUCUUCUCCACUCCCCUCACGUUGCUGAUGGCUGGAACUCAUUCCUUGGCGCUGUUCGCACCAAGACCUCUCUAAGCGACGACAUCCGAGAGCUUGCAAUUUCACGUAUUGCUGUGUGCAACAAGGCCUGGUACGAAUGGAAGCACCAUGCACCACUAGCUGUCAAGGGUGGUGUGUCUGAGGCUGGACUUGAGGCUAUCAAGGGCGAGGAACUUGGUGAGCGGCCUGCUGAGCUAUCAGAGAAGCAAUGGGCUGUGCUGUUGUACACGGAUGAAAUGACGAGGAACGUUCAAGUCAAGGACGAGACCUUUGAUCGUCUGCGGGAUUAUUUCAACGAACAAGAAAUUGUGGAAAUCACAGCCACGGUUGCAUGCUACAACUGUGUAAGCCGUUUCUUGGUUGCACUUGACGUCGGGGAGAGAAAUGGUACCGGCCCCGAAGCUAUCUCUGGUCAUUGA